AUGAUCCAGAGAAAGUCAGGAAUGGACUCAGUCAAACCGCAACAACAGUAUCCCGAGAUGUUUCCUGAAGUCCCCGUCAGUUCUAGUGCAGAUGUACAGAGCCGUCCGAGGAAAGGCUCCACAGAUGCUGUGAGCGUGAGGGGAUUCAGCGGAUGUGUGAGACCAUACCCAUCUCCAUCCCGACGGAGAAAUCGCACCACCUUCAACCAGGAGCAACUGGAGCAGCUGGAACUGGCCUUUAGACAGAACCACUACCCAGACAUCUAUUGUAGGGAAGAGUUAGCUCGAGCCACUAAACUAAACGAGGCACGCAUACAGGUGUGGUUCCAAAACCGUCGCGCCAAGCAACGGAAACAGGAACGUGCCACUCAGAAAGUGUUGUCCGUGGGCGUGAUGCCAGGCCAUGGGACGCUCCUCGGCAGCAUGUGCGUGCCGACCGGCGGAGUGGGCAGGCCGUACCAGUGCACCCACUCUCUGACUCACAUACCAAGGUUCUCCUCGGUGCUGCCCUCUGCUGGUUACUCUCAUCACCCAACCCAUGGCACUCAGUUCUCCUGCCCCACAGCACCCCAACAGCCACAGCCCGGCCGCCAGCACGAAGACUGGUACGCCCAGCUACGCAACAUCGGGACCCCCCCGACCACCUUGCCCCACGCAUCAGUGUUCUCUCUGGCGUCCAUGUCGGCUCUGGACCCAGCUGGUCACUGGAACUAG